AUCCUGGUUUAAUAAAAAUCUCGACACAAUAGAAGGGAAGGGAUAUGGUGCACAUCACUUUGUUUUCUCUGCUAAAUUCUAAACCCGAGAAAAAAAGAGUACUGUUACAGAUAAGAAAUGGUAAGCAGCAGAGCAAACUAAGAGGCCUAUAUAUCAGUCUCUCAGAAGGAGGACAGGCUUUUAUAGAUUCUUCUGUGUUUGGAAGGGGGCAAGAGAGAAGAGAUCAGAUAUAUUUUACUAGGGUUUUGCUUGUCUUGCUCAACACUUAUUUAAAAAUAUAUUGGCUAAGUCAGUAUUCCACGUGCUCCUGGGGACUCUCCCUCCCCAGUCCCCCCCUCUAAACUCUUGAAUGCACUCAAUUUAUACUCUCUGACCACCUGUUCCCUUCCAUUUGUUUGCAUCUCUCUCCCCAUCUCUCUCAAAAACACCAAAAACCAGUCAAGAAGCAAUUACAAGGUAUCAAAAAACCAAGAAAUCAAGAAAAAGGAUUUACUACUACUGUAUUUUAUCUAGGAAUCAUAAAGGUUUUUGCUUUGCAGUGACUGUAGUAUUUUCAUAGAUGAUGAUGGAUAUCAAAGGAGGUAGGGUUGGUGUAGGUGAAGAAGAUAUGAGUGAUGGUAUGCAAUGUAGUGCCCAUCCGUACAGAAACAACCCAGGUGGGAUCUGUGCCUUUUGUCUUCAAGAAAAGCUUGGCAAGCUUGUUUCUUCUUCUUUUCCUUUACCUAUACGUGGUUCCUCCUCCUCCUCCUCUUCUCCUUCUUUUAGAUCUGAUAUUGGUGUUGGUAGCUCUAGCAAUGGAGGUGCAGGUACUUCACUAUCAUUUGCUGUGCGUCCGACAACAACAAAAUGUAGAAAUGAUGGUGGCAAUAAUAGUCACUAUCAAGAAUAUUACACAAGGAGGGCCAGGAUCCCUUUUCUUUUGGCCAAAAAGAAGAAGAAAAUCAUGGUAUCAUCAUCAUCAGAUCGUGAUAUUGUUUUCAAGAGAAGCAAAACUACUACAACUCCCAGGAGAGGCCAUUUCUUGAACUCUGCUACUGAUGAUGGUGAGGAUUUUAGCCCAAGGAGAAGAGGGUUUUGGUCAUUUCUCUAUCUCUCUUCCUCCAAGUCUAGUACUUCAACUAGAAAAACAGAAAAGAUGUCUUCUUUAGCUGUAACUACACAACCAGCAGCAGCAGCAGCAGCAGCAGCAACAACAACAAAUGGGUCCACGGUGAGGCCAAAAGAGAAGUGCUUAGGUUCUUCUUUGUCAAAGAAAGGUGACAAUAUUGUGUUAGUGGAGGAUGAUGAUGAUAGUCCUAACAGCCAAGCAACUGCCUCUGCCACCUCUUUCGAGAGAAAGGUGUCAAGGUCUAGAUCCGUCGGGUGUGGAAGCAGGAGCUUCUCUGGUGACUUCUUCGAGAGAAUCUCAACUGGGUUUGGUGAUUGCACUCUAAGAAGAGUGGAGUCCCAAAGGGAAGGCAAGCCCGUCACUGUUGGGAAUUCUCACAUGAAAGGGAGGUUGAGGUGUGGCGGUAUCUUCGGUGGGUUUAUCAUAACCUCCUCAUCUUCCUCUUCAUCAUCAUCCUAUUGGGUUUCAUCAUCAGCUGAAGAAAUGAAUGGGAAAUCAUCAGGAGCUGGCCCUCUUGCUCAUGGUAGGAGCAGGAGCUGGGGUUGGGCUUUCGCUAGCCCAAUGAGAGCUUUGGGCAGCAAACCUUCUUCAAAAGAUGGGAAAAGAGACAUCAAUAGGAACACCACUCCAAACUUGUCUGGCAUUCCUUCAUUAUUAGCUGUGAGAGGCUAAAGUAGAAGAGUUUAGGCUGCUGGUGCUACAUUACACAGUACAUUCUAUCAUGAUCUUGUUUGUUUGAUUCGUGCUCGUCUAUCUUGCUCUGAUCAGUUCUAUCACUAGUAGUUAUUAUACUUUUUUUCCUUAAAUUUUGUUGAAAUUUAUUGUUAUAUAUGAAAAUGAUUUAUCUUUUAGAUA